GACGUCAUUUAUUCCGCGUUGGCCUGGACGUGGCACCGAGGCGGAGCUGCGCCCACUCCUGCUUCUCGCUGAUCUUCCUCCGCUCUGUCCCUUGCGCUGUCCGAACAAAUCGUCGGACAUUCUGUACUUUCAGGUUUUUAAUCCUCCCGCCAAGGAACCGGAACAUUAUAACCAGAAUGGGUCUUACUAUAUCGUCACUGUUCUCUAAGUUUUUUGGGAAGAAGCAGAUGCGGAUCCUGAUGGUGGGUUUAGACGCAGCUGGAAAAACGACGAUCCUGUACAAACUGAAGCUCGGAGAGAUUGUCACCACCAUCCCCACUAUCGGUUUCAAUGUGGAAACGGUCGAAUACAAAAACAUCUGCUUCACAGUCUGGGAUGUCGGUGGUCAGGACAAGAUCAGACCUCUGUGGAGACAUUAUUUCCAGAACACACAGGGUCUGAUCUUUGUGGUUGACAGUAAUGAUAGAGAGCGAGUAGCUGAAUCAGCAGAGGAACUUUCCAAGAUGAUCCAGGAAGACGAGCUAAAGGAUGCUGUUCUUCUGGUGUUUGCUAACAAACAGGAUCUUCCAAACGCAAUGGGAGUCAGUGAACUCACCGACAAACUGGGUUUGCACAGCCUGCGCAGCAGAACUUGGCACGUCCAGGCCACUUGUGCCACUCAGGGUACAGGUCUGUAUGAAGGUCUGGACUGGCUGUCCAACGAGCUGGCGAAACGUUAGACCACAAGAAAAGUGUCAGGAAGCAGCAAAUGAUGUCACUGAGUGAUGACAUCGUGUACAAACUGAAGAGGAGGAAAACGAAGUGGCAUUUUACAGAACUGUUCCCUUUUCUUUUUUUUUAAGUUAUAAAUGUGUCUGUAGAAGGAAGUGAUGUCAUGGACUCUGAGCUCACCUUGAUUUCCCUUCCCUUCUUCUGUUCUUGCAGGUGUUAGGUCUGUUUUGUUUUUCUUUUAAUCAGCAUGUUUUAACUCUGAAUCACAUGAAAGGAAGUGGAAUGGGAGGGCAGGGCUUACAAUUGAUGACAGUUACCUGUGGGUGGGGUUCAGGACAGGUGACAGGUACCUGUGACAACUCAUUCCAGAGCCUGAGGCCUCGUUAUUUCCUCAUUAAUGUGAAGAAGAAAUGGAGACAAUGAUGCAAUAAAGGUUUUUCUGUUUGACACUUA